AUGACUGCCCCUCUACGUAACACGCAACACGCGUCCGCAAUCGCUGCCAUUGCCGCAUCCCAGAACACCGCGCCCGUUACCGAGUUCCGCUGCCUAUUCACACAAGACAUCAAGCGAAAGCAGAAGCGAUGGCAGGAUGGCUACCUCAAGUUUCACACCUUCAACAACCGGGUUAUGGUGUAUGAUCAAGCCCGGAACUUCCUCGGUGAUACAUACUACAAGGACAGAAACGAGUUACAAGAGGGGGAUGAACUCAACCUCAAUAAUGGCGCUCUUGUCGAGGUCGCCGAGGCCAUGGGUAUCACACAUACCGAUCUGACGCCGCUUCUCGAAAAGAAGAACAAGGAAGCGCCUCCUCGUCCGAGUGCUCCUUCUCAAUCAAAACCGUUCCAGAGGCCUUCGUCGGUGGUGCCUACCAAUGCACCACGAAAUGGGUCGCAACUGCGCCACAAGUCGCUCAACACUCUGCUUGGCACGCCAAAGGGUCCAAUCGGGAAGGCACAGCCCAUGAAGUCACCGUACGAUGCUCGCAAGGAGAAGGAGAAAGAAAAGGAAAAGGAGAAUCAAGUGAUCGAGGAGCGGGCACCAAAGAGGCAAAAGACGGCGCAGGCACCUCCAGCGUGGAGAGCAUCAAGUCCUGUACAAGAAGAAAGCCCCGCUGCGAGAAGCCGCGUACAAGUGCCGGCCCGGAAACCUAAUAAGUUUAUACCUCCCACAGCCACUGUCAUCACGAUAGAGUCCGAGUCAGACCCCCACCCGACCUGUCUAUCAGACGUCUCGAUGCCGAGCACACCCCCAAAGGUCGCCAAAGCGAGAGCUGAACGGCGCCAGCUAGCAACACCGGCACCGGAGCCAUUGUCUCGCCAACCACCAGCGAAGACACCCCGGAUACCCAAGGGCAAAGUACCAGUACCAAGUGUACGGGCAUUGGAGACUCCAAAGCAACGAGCUCCACCAUCCUCACCUCCAGCGUGA